AUGUGGCUACUGGAGAAGUUCCGUGGUUCUCAUGGUGGUCACUCUGCAUUGGCGGGGGACAAGCAGCAGAACCAGACAGACCCCAUCUCCGUCCACACCAACAUCAUCACCCCCGGUAAGAUCCCCGACUUCUUCAUCCCCCACAAACUCAUCUGCUGCCCCCCAGAGGCAGAGUCCCUCACGCCGGAGCCCCAGCCCCGCUCCACCCUGCGCCCCUACGCCUCCGAGCACACCAUCUGCAGCCAGACCCAGGGCAGCUGCAACCUGAACCCCCGCAGCCCGCGCCUGCUCUCUCGUCUUGCCGGGGACACCCGCAGCCUUUUGAGGGCCGCUAACCGCCACAUCAUCCAGAUUGAGAGCACCAACGAUCCGGGGAGCGGGGUAGGGGAGGGGGGAGACCCCAACACCAAUGCAGAGCCACAGUCCCAGACAGACAUGUCCCUGACUUACAAGGCCCAGACCUCGUAUGGGUUCUCCACACUGGUGGAGAGCCCCCACAGCCACCGCAAGGAGUCCAUCUUCCACAGAGACCCCAGCAGCCCCCACACCUCCCCGGGCUCCCAGAGACACACGCGCGGGGGGGACCACCUGACCCCCUCCGUCCAGAACCCCUACCGCUACUUCAGCGGGGGUGAGAGCGACACGUGCUCUUCGGCCGAGUCCUCCCCCAUUACCUCCCCCCUCCUCACCCGCUCCGCCUCCCUCCUCCGAUCCAUCACACAGGAGACGCAGGCCAAGGUGUCUCGUGCCAAGCAUACCCUGGCACGCCACAGAUCCCUGUCCACAGACGAGUGCAGCUCACCCGACACCAGCCCCAGCCUGCAGCGCCGCCGCCUGCGCUCCCCUCCCUCCCCUACCUUCCGCGGACGCAAGGGGACCGGCUCCGGGGGGGCGAGUUCAGACCUCCUCCAGCGUGAGCACUCGGUCAACCUCAACAAAGGUGGCACGCUUAGGCUCAGCACUCACUAUGAUGCCGAGGCGGCCCGGCUGAGGGUCCGAGUGCUCGCCGCCGAGGACCUGUACGAGAAACAGACGGACGUGAAGAGCAUCAACUGCUGCGUGUCUCUGUACCUGAACCCGGGCAAGCAGCAGAAGCAGAGGAGCACCAUCAUCAGUAACAGCAGGAACCCCAUGUUCAACGAGGACUUCUUCUUUGACGCGGUGCCGGCCGCCCAGGUCAAGAGCCUGGCCAUGAAGAUGAAGGUGGUGAACAAGGGAACCAGUCUGAAGAGAGAUGUGCURYUGGGGGAGAGGGAGGUGCUGCUGAGCGAGCUGCUGCCAGGCAUCUAG